AUGUCGUCCUCAUCACAAGGAGAUCUCCCUUCCGACACCCUCCCCUCCUCUACCACCACCACAACUUCCAGCUCCUCCACUUCUACCUCACGAUCCGGUUCUCACACACCCCAGCAAAACUCAGGCGCCUCCUCCUACAGUCAAUACUUCUCCUACCCAGUCAGCCACGUCGUCUCAGGUCUCUAUCGGCGCCUGACAGACCCCAACGUCCCUACAACCGCCAUGCCCUCCUCCCUCCCCUGGUCAACAUCAUCUUCCUCGUCCGAAGUAUUCACGCCGCGCCGAACAGCCUCACCCUUCCAACCUCCACCACUCACCCCGCUCACUCUCACAAUCCCUCGAGGCGCAGACCUCCUCCAACAGCAACUCCUCACACGCGCCCUCGCCGAGGAAAUCCGCCUCCUCGUCCCAGCCCGCCUCCAACUCGUCGAGACCUGGCGUCUCGCCUACAGCCUCGAUCGCGACGGCGCCUCCCUCCACACCCUCUACGACCACUGCCAACAAUUCUCUCACCGCAGCCCGCGGGCGGGCUACGUCCUCGUAAUUCGCGACUCGUCCCCCUCCGGCGCCGUCUUCGGCGCCUACAUGACCGACGCCCCACACCCGGACUCCCAAUUCUUCGGCACGGGCGAGUGCUUCCUCUGGCGCGCGAGCGUGCUACCACCCCCGGCAAGCUUGGGCCUCGCAUUCACAGGCGACGGUCCUCAGUCUGAGGAAGCGCUGGAGCGAGCUGGUCUGCCGCCCCCGCCUUCGGCUGAUACUACCCACGCUGGACGUUGGAGUACUUUCCGCAGUGACCCGCGGGCCAAGGCGAAGACUGAGUCGUCGCCGGCUCAUAAUUUGAAUAUGAAUAUCAAGACGAAUCUGGCUGCGGCUAGUGGCGGUGCGCUGGCGCCUCCGUCGCCUUCGUCUAUUGAUACCCCGUCACGGAGUGGGGCGAGUACCCCGGAGCGUAUUCGUUUCAAGGCGUUCCCGUAUAGUGGAGUGAAUGAUUAUAUGAUAUUUUGCGAGACUGGAUUUUUGAGUCUGGGUGGAGGUGAUGGACGCUACGGUCUUUGGAUGGACUCUGGCCUUGAGAAGGGAGUUAGCUCGCACUGCCAGACUUUUGGCAACGAACCUCUCUCUGAUGAAGGAGAGAAGUUUGACGUUCUCGGUGUCGAGGUUUGGUAUGUGGGAUCGUAA